UCUUUUCAUCUGUGAUUUUUUUUUUGUGUUCGAAUGCCUGAUCUGCAUUUUUUUUUUGUCAAUUUCGAAAAGUAAAUCAAGAUCCAAAUUAAGAAAUGCUUUUUCCGGUUCGAUGUUGGACAUGUGGUAAAAUAAUUGGACAUCUUUGGGAAGAAUUCAGUGAACAACUUCGUAUAGCCAAAGUUUCCAAUGAUAAUUUGGAAAAUGGAUUAGAACAAUUAUUUCAACGAAUGGGUUUAAAACGUUAUUGUUGUCAUACAAUGUUUUUAUCACAUUAUGAAACAUAUGAAGAAGCAAUUAAAAUGGGCUUUCCCGAGGAUUAUAGCAAUAUAACAUGAUUAUUUGAUAUUUGACCAAAUCAAAUUAAUCAAAAACAAUGAACAAAUCAUGCACACCAAUAAUUUUUAUUCGAAAAAAAAUUCA